UGCAGAACCUGAGGAUGCCUUCGACCAUGGCCUUCUCCUUCUUCAGCCUCGGCCUCUUGGGCUGCCUGGUCAGCGGAGGCGUCCAAGCGGCCGACUGCCCCAAGAACUGGCUCUCCUACGGCAGCCACUGCUAUGGCUACUUCCCCCAGGAGCUGAACUGGCAGAGGGCCCAGGCACAGUGCAAGCGUAAUGGGGGGCACCUGGCCUCCAUCCUGGACGAGAACGAGCAUGAGGCUGUGGCCACGUAUCUGAGGCAGGCCCAGCGGUGGGAUGAUGAGGAUGUUUGGAUCGGACUCUCCAUCCCCAGCAGGAGCCGGGUCUGGACCUGGGCUGAUGGGAGCCAGUUGGACUACACUGCUUGGGAGAAGAACAAGAACUACUUCGCCCUGAAAGGGGAGCACUGCGCACUCCUGGAGGAGUCCUCCGGGUUCCUGCAGUGGGACAACGAGUCCUGCUUUGACCGCAACCCCUUCCUCUGCAAAGUCUAGAGCUGUUCCCACAAAGGCCGUGCCCUGGCGACCUGGCAUGACCCUUGCCCUCUUGCAUGUCUGCCUUCCCCACUUCCUUCUCCGUCUCCCAUCCAACACGUUACCCUCCCUUUCCACAUCGUGUCCCAGUCUUGUGGGAUCCAAAAUAAAGUGGCUUCUGAGCACAUA